AUGGUCAAUCGUCAAGGCUUUCGGGAACAGAUUGAAGAACAAACUUCAAGACAUUCUUUUUCUUUCUUUCUUUCUUGCUUUCUUUCUUUUUUUCUUUCUUUUUCUGUCGUUUUUCUUUUUUUAUCUCUUUUUAACUCAGUCUCUUUCUUUCUUUCUUUCUUUCUUUCUUUCUUUCUUUCUUUCUUUCUUUCUUUCUUUCUUUCUAAUGUAUCCCAUAUCUUGUUUUCCGUUUUUCUUCCUUUUCUUCUCAUCUCAUACAAAUUUUCUUGUCUGUUUUCCUUCGUUCUAUUUACCUUUCUUUCUUUCUUUCUUUCUUUCUUUCUUUCUUUCUUUCUUUCUUUCUUUCUUUCUUUCUUUCCUUCCUUCCUUUCUUCCUUCCUUCGUGUAAACACACACACACAUCUAUCUAUCUAUCUAUCUAUCUAUCUAUCUAUCUAUGAGAAAAUCAUCCCUAUGUCACGGCGCCCUAUCUCCCACAGAAAAGAGUUCUUUGUGUUCAGGAAGUCAUCACUAAAGAAACCUUGUGUCUUAUUCGACCAAGACGAUCCGACGCAAAACAGCUCGUCCAAUAUUCAAUCUCCUUUUCUAUCUCGUUCCAACUGUCUAAGUAGGAAUCGGAGCUAUCCAUCACAGAACAGUGUGAAGUAUUGUAUUUUUCGACCCCUAACCACUAGACGUGAACUGGGCGUUUCAUUAUCCGUCGUCAUCGCAGUCUCUGAAUAUCAUUGA